AUGGAGUCUUUGACGCUAUCAAGUGCAUUAGCAUAUUAUCAUGAAGACGAAGAUAUCAAGGCAGAAUUGACCAAAGCUGAAUUUAACUUGCUAGUCAAUCCUGAAUUAGAUUAUUUGAAGUUGCUUAGGUCUGCCUUAGAAUUCCAGGGUUUUGACCCUAAAGUUAUACUGAGGCAAUUAGUGAGAAACAGGAAGGCCUACAUGGAAGCUAAUCCGACGAGGCAGGAAUGGGAUCUAAACAAUGCUGGUGACGACUUUAAGGUUCAUGAUGGGUCAGAACUAGGGAACAUAAUUACCAACCAGCAGUCCCUCGCCAAAGAUUUGGAAUUUCUGAUCAUGAUGUUCCUUUUGAGGAACAAUCACAUCAGCAAAAUCAUAAAAAAGUCUAUCAGUGGACUGUCUGAUAUACUUGAGAUGUUUAAGCAGAAAUAUGAAAUCAACGAUGAAACAAGAGCUUCAGGGACUCAGUUGGGUUCAAGAGACAUUACACUACCCAGAAUCGCUGGCGUUUUGCCAUCCGUUGCGGUAAGGAUGUUCCACAUGAGGGCAGUCAAAGAAACUGUUCCUUACCAUUCAAUCCCAGGAGUAGUUGAGUUAUUGGAAGGAAGAGGGGCAGAGGCAACCGGAUCCAGGACUGUCAAAGUCAUAACUACUUCUGAAUUAUCUCAUGCUAUAUGCUGUCCUUUCUUGCCAUCAUUGCAUCCAAAGAAAACAGAGAAAGCAGGACACAUUCAUGCUAUAAUGUUGUUUGUAGCGAUUCGGUUAGAUGACAUCAUUCAAAAGAAAGAAAAAAAUUUCACUCCAUUGGAUGAACUUUUAAAUUAUUACAAGGCUGGUUUUGAAUCAGCUGCUACCCCUGAGGCUUCUAGGUUGGAAGUCAUGUCAAAGGUGAAAUUGUUUUAUCAAACAAAAAUUUAUCCUACUGAUGAAGCACUUUUUGUCAAUACUAAGUGUUGUGAGGCCUUAGAGACCAUGCGAGUUGAAGACCCGUCCCAUUCUUUAUUAAUGGUUGCUGCAAGGACGGGAUCACUACCAAAU